AUGAGCUCUCCACAACCUAUUGAGUGCAAGGCCGCCGUGUGUUGGGCCGCCAAAGAAGAUUACAUCCUCGAGGAUGUGAUCGUGGCGCCGCCGCGCGCCGGCGAAGUGCGCAUUAAGAUCGUGGCUACGGGUGUAUGCCACACGGACGAGUACACUCGCUCAGGCGCAGAUCCGGAAGGUAUCUUCCCCGUCAUCAUGGGACACGAAGGCGCCGGUAUCGUGGAGAGUGUGGGUCCUGAUGUGACCAGCGUCAAGGUGGGCGACCACGUCGUGCCGUGCUACACGCCGCAGUGCCGCAACUGCAAGUUCUGCAAGUCCAGCAAGACGAAUCUCUGCUCUAUCAUCCGCAGCACGCAGGGCAAGGGUCUCAUGCCCGACGGAACAUCGCGCUUCACGUGCAAGCGUAACGGAGAGACGCUCUUCCACUUUAUGGGCACGUCCACCUUCUCUGAGUACACAGUGCUACCUGAGAUUUCUGUGGCCAAGAUCGACCCCUCAGCCCCUAUGGACAAGGUGUGUCUGCUUGGUUGCGGCAUCACCACGGGCUACGGUGCUGUCAUCAACACCAUGAAGGUGGAGAAGGACUCGACUGUGGCCGUGUUCGGUUUGGGCGCUGUGGGUCUCGCUUGUAUCAUGGGUGCCAAGGCGGCUGGUGCGCGUAAGAUCAUCGCCAUUGACAUCAACCAAAAGAAGUUCCCUAUUGCCGAGGAGUUCGGUGCUACUCAGUGCGUGAACCCUAAGGACUACGAUCGUCCGAUCCAGGAGGUGCUUAUCGAGAUGACAGAGGAAGAGGGUUUCGGUGGACUGGACUACACGUUCGAGUGCAUCGGCCGUCCCGAGACGAUGCGUGCUGCGCUCGAGUGCUGCCACAAGGGCUGGGGCGAGUCGUGUAUUAUCGGCGUUGCUGCGUCCGGUGUGGAGCUGGGUUCGCGUCCGUUCCAGCUCGUCACGGGCCGCCGCUGGGCUGGUAGCGCCUUCGGUGGCUUUAAGAGCCGUGACGGUGUCCCUGAGCUAGUAAACAAGUACAUGAAGAAGGAGAUCAAGGUGGACGAGUUCAUCACCCACAAGUUUGACCUGACGCAGAUCAACGACGCGUUCCACGCCAUGCACCAAGGAGACUGCAUUCGCGCCAUUGUGUACUUCCACGGUGUGCCCCAGUAA